CGGGACAAAAGAGAAAAACAGCUAAGAGGAAGAAGGGUCGAGAACGACCCCUGGACGGGCCAAUGCCCGCGUGCCACUAUAUGCCCAUGUCCAGAGCUUAUGUCCCUCUGCCAUCGCCACCAUGUCCAAGAGAAAGGCUGAAGGGAAUGCUAAAGGAGAUAAAGCCAAGGUGAAGGAUGAGCCACAGAGAUCUGCAAGGUUAUCUGCUAAACCUGCUCCUCCAAAGCCAGAGCCCAAGCCUAAAAAGGCCCCUGCAAAGAAGGGAGAGAAGGUACCCAAAGGGAAAAAGGGGAAAGCUGAUGCUGGCAAGGAUGGAAAUAACCCUGCAGAAAAUGGAGAGGCCCAAACACACCAGGCACAGAAAGCUGAAGGUGCUGGAGAUGCCAAGUGAAGUGUGUACAUUUUUGGUAACUGUGUACUUCUGGUGACUGUACAGUUUGAAAUACUAUUUUUUAUCAAGUUUUAUAAAAAUGCAGAAUUUUGUUUUACUUUCUUUUUUUUAAAGCUAUGUUGUUAGCACACGGAACACUUCUUUGUUGUUUUGGGG